UGGAAAUCAGCUCUUGUAUCACCUGUUUUCGGAUUCAGCUUUAAAGUUACAAAAUUGCCUUGGCAACUCUGUUGAUCACUACGAGUGUGUAUCGAAUAUGCGGAAGCAUGUGGAAGUAAUAGUAGUCGAUGGUAAUAGUAAACGUCAAAAUUCAAAUUCAAACGCUUUGGCGAUUGUCGGUUGGUUGUUGUCACUGACGGAUAUUCAACGGUUUUCUUUUGCAUCUCCAUUUAGCAAUUUUAACUGUGAUUUCAACUCUGCCACUAAGUGUAGAAUUUCAUAUAUUGUGUUUAUUUGCUCGUUUGUCUCUUAACUUUUAUUAGUGUUAAUUUGAUAGGCGGUAUUUUGAAACAUGGCAUCAUCAUCAUCACCUUCAUCCCCGCUGGAGUCUCACUCUCGCUCGUUUGAAGAUUUACCAGUUCUGAACGAAGAUAUUUUAAGUAGCAACAAAUUAUUAGAAGAUGCUUACAAAACAUUGCAAGAACGUUUAAAAAAAGGCUAUUUAAACUAUGCUCAAAUUAUACUCGAUGUGACUGAUGAUAGGAGAGAAAUAAGAAAGUAUUUGAAGAUCUUUGAAGACACAAGUGAUGACACUUAUAUGGACCUUAUCAAAGACAUCAGUGAGUUGCGGGACAAAUGCUAUGUCAAAUUUGAAGAAUCUCUAAAAAAAAUUGAAGAGAUCUGCAAAUCAUUGCAGAUGCAAAUACCUUCAUUUGGAAUGAAUCAACUGUGCAUGAGGCAGAAGUAUCUGCAGCUUGAAAAACAGCUAAAGGAUUAUGAGCAAAUGUACAAUACAAGGAUUGAAGAAAUAAAUACCCUCAGAGAGAAGCAACUGGACCUGUGCAAAAGUCUUGGGAUUGAACCCAAAAUAAUAAAAGAAUCUCCUUUGCCUUCUGCUGCAGAGAUUGCGGAGCUCAAGGUGUAUUUAGAAGAUUUGGAAAACGAAAGAUUUACAAGACAAGAAAAAUUUGUACAAUCCAAAGAAACCAUAUUGAAGAUUGUUGAAGAGCUGAACUACAAACCAUCUUCAAAAUUUGAACACCAAAUCAUCUUAGGCGGCGACUUUUGCGAUUUUUGCGUUACUGUUAAUAACAUGAAAAAACUUGAACAUCUUCAUGAGCAACUGGCAGUACAACUGAUAAAUGUGAAGGAAGAAAUUGCAGAAAGUUGGACAAAGUUGAAAGAGAUGUGGGAUAUGCUGGAUAUUGAGCUACUGGAGCAGCACAAGUUUAAGGAGGCCCACCAGGGGAACUCUCUAGAUGUACUUGAAGCUUUACGUGUAGAGAUUGGAAGGUGUAAUGAGUUGAAGAAGGCCAAUAUUGAGAAAUUCAUCACACUGUUGCGACAGCAGAUUCAAGAAAUGUGGCAAAAAUGUCAUGUUACUGAAGAGGAAGGGACAUCACAAUUUCAUUUCUUUGACACGAAUCAUUACACAGAAACAGCCUUGGAACUAUUCGAGAAAGAAUUGCAGAAGUGGAAGGACUACUUUGAAGAAAACAAGGAAAUAAUCCAAUUGCUCAAUAGACACAGCAAGCUAUGGUCAAAAUUUAUGGGGCUUCAAGAACACGCAGAUGCAGGCAGAUUAAAAAAUCGCGGUGGUCAGUUAUUGAAAGAGGAAAGAGAACGAAACCAGUUGACCAAGUCAAUUCCAAAAGUUGAAUGUCAACUUCAGAGUCUGUGCGACAAGUUUGAAGAAAUACAUCAAAAACCUUUCAAGACCUUUGGACAAACUGUGACGGACUAUCUGGAAAACGCACACCAAGACUUUGAAAAUAUGCGGAAAGCUAAGCUUAACGGCCGCAAAACUCCAGGCUCUGCAGUAAGCGCUUCGGGCACCCCGUUGAGAUCGAUGACCAAUUUGACUCCUACACCAUCCAAAAUCAUGUCAGCUGCGAAAAGAAAACUACAGGCUCCCGCUGCGCUAAUUGCAUCAACUAAAAAGACCAAGGUGUCUCCAACAAGUAUAAAGAAACACAAAGUUGCUGUCCCAAAAAUAACAGUAACAGUACACAUUGGCAAAAGGAACUCAAUGGAACUCAAAAAAAUAGAGAAGAAACGGCGGAGUCACACCCUACAAAAGAAGCUCCUGAAAGCCCCUGGUGCUGACGACGAUGAAUACGUCGAUUUUGUAAAUGAGAUUAGCGACAGAGCGGCCAGGAGUACAACAUUCACAAUUCAAGAGGAACAACCUUGUAGUGCGAAAAAGACCACAAACCUUGGUCACACUCCAAAAAAGAAAACAGUAGCUUCACGAAUCAACAGUUGAUCAGGGCGGUGAAAAGUCCCUCCAAGAGGGUUUACAAAUUAUGAUUUUAAAUGUGUAUGUAUGUGUGUGUGAUUUUCUGUGCAGUAUUUUAAGUUUAAUAGCUUGUAUAUUAUUACUUUUGUAUUUCAUAUAGAGCUUUUAAUGAG